AAAAAUUACACCAUUGUCUGCAGUUAUGACUUCCUUAUUCUUCCUGCUAGAGCUCCCUUUUUUCUCUUCUGACUUCAUCAAAAUGCCCACUUUGGCUAUAGUUUUCCCUUGUUGCUGCAAUUUUCCAUUUUUUUUUUUUUUUCUUGCCUCAGGCUUAGUUUGUUUCUGCCAAGUGACAGUACAAGAGGUCUCAAUGGUUUUGACUAAAUUUAGAAGGGAACUGAUGUUUUAUCUUAAAUUUCUGUCUGAAUUUUUUUCACUAUUUGAACACUUCCAUGUUCAGAGGGGCAGCCUGGAAAUUUGUCUGGAAGAUGAACAUGGAGUAAAGGGUGUGCUUUUUUUGUGUUCAGGAAGUAGCCAAAUGAUUCUGUUGAGUUAUAGGUCUGAAAGAACUUUUGCACAUCCUUGCAGAAGAGGAGAGGGUAGACAUUGGCAGAAACCAGCCUUUGGAAGUGGUAUUUCCUCUAAGGAAAAGGGGAUGGGAGCAAUUGUAUGGAAUACUGAGAUUGAGGCAGAUGAGCAGAUGGAGAAGCAAGGAUAAGGGAAAUGGGAAGGAAAAUGAAUGAAGCUUGUGUGGUAGCAAAUAAACAAGAGAAUCACUUAAAGGGACUGCUGCCUAAAAUUUGCCACAACACACAGACAUUUUCAACUUCUGCAUGGCCAGCCAGAAGCUGUGUAAUUUGUCACCAUGUUGUUCCCUGCCCUGGUUCACAGGAAGUUGGCGGCUUCCAAAGUGUGCCAGGAUCUCAUGUGGUUGUGACCUGCUUGACGUGGAGGUUUUCAGCAGAAAUACCAAUAUUGAUGUGAAUGGAAACACCUGGCUGAAGACAACAGAAAAACAGCAGAGGAAGGGUUAAAGGUGUGGCAUGUAUUAAUUGCUGCAGAACUACACCAUGUGUUUCAUGCAAAUAAAUAACCAGAGGACAAAAACCCAAACCAGAGCCUUUAGAGAUAAGGUGACAAGAUGAUGAUCCACAGCAGAGAAACUGUGAAGUGCCCAGAAGAAAGGUAACAAAAGACUCAGUUUUGCCUGAAACUCUUGAAGGGUGAGACACAAGAUGAUCAUAUCCACUGUUGAAGGGUACAAAAGAUGCAUACAAAAAUGAAGAAGAGCCCACCCAGAGUUGCAGGGGAGUGGUGGUGUUAUCCUCAGUGCUUCCUGCUGUACUUGGCUGAUCCUGAACACAUUGAUGCAUACAAUCCUGUGCAUCCAUCCUGUUUGAAGGGGCGGGUUCAGUGCAGAUGAGUUUUUGGUUCAUUGUGCCUUCCUGCUGCUGCUGAUCUGAUGCUGUGGAUGUUGUCUGCCAGACAUUGGACACUGCUGCAGGCAGCCUCUUGGGCUGCCUUUGAAGAAGGCAAGCUUGCCAGUCCUUAACCACAGGCCAGCAAAGAUAUUCAAACCUGUGUCAAAGAAAUAAGCCUAAAAGUUCUCUCGAAGAAGUUACACUGUAGAAAGAUAAGGUUAGGAGGCGGAGACUCCCCAGAGCUGCUUGUAGCUGAACCACAGCUGUAAAACGCUGCCAUAAAGCCUGUGUGGAUUGCUAGUAAGAUGGAUGCUCUACAUAAGUUGAAGAUUUUGGUGAUGUUUCUGUCUCUGGCUACUUUCACAAUCAUGGUGAUAAUGAAUGCUGGAAAUGCCACUGGAACUUUCAAAGGUCUGUUCAGGACAACCCCUGGAAACAUCUCAGACAAGUACAGCACUGAUUUCACACCAGCUGGUUGGACCUUCCUCAUCUGGAAUGUCAUCUAUGGCUGGCAGCUUGCCUGGCUUCUCUAUGCCUUGUCAGGGAUCUGUCGAAGGAAUGAGCUUGGAUAUGUCUUCAUAAAGCCAGACUUGCUGCCAAUACCUUUUUAUGUGGCGUGGUGUCUGAAUAAUGGCCUCAAUGUUGGAUGGCUCUUUUUGUGGGACCGAGAAUUCCUCCUUCCAGCCCUGGUGUUCCUGGCAAUCCUCUCUCUUACCACAUGUGCAUCCCUGUUUGUCUCCCACCGAGCCUUGAGCAUCCACUCCUCAUGGUUUGUGAAGGGUCACAAAGCUGAGCUCUGGCUCAUCCGCAUUCUGGUCCAGAACGGGCUGGCACUGUACGUGACAUGGACCAGCAUCGCCACGCUGCUGAACUUCGCCGUCGUGCUGAUCUACAAGUGGGACGUGCCCAAUGAGAAAGCAACCACUGCUUCCCUGAGCAUCCUGGCUCUCGGCCUGGUGAUAUGGUUUUAUCUAGAAAACUACUUGCUUGACAAAUAUGUCCGCUAUAACCUCACAGUCUACCCUGUGGUCAUAGCAGCUCUGGCUGGCAGCGCAUUCAGGAACGGCUCAUUUUCAUCCCCACUGACCAACGAUGCUUUUAUAGUUGUUCUGCUGGCACUGACGUGCUUGAUGUUUGCUGUUCGGCUGGGACUAGUCGCAUGGAGACACUGGAAGAGACCACUGGAAGCAUCCCGAGGUCCAUCAGGCAUAGUGGCCUGAGACCUCUGGCACAUUGUAGCCAACACUUGAAAGGGAGAAAAAAGAAUUGGGCCUGUGCUGGUCCCUCCUUCCUACAUCAAUUUCCUUGUGCUUUUCUCUCUUAUUCUCCAUUCCAAAUGCAGAUAUCUCAUGUCUGCAAAUGUGUCUUGUUCCCACAUCCUCUCGGAUUAGCUACGCACAACCCUGUCUUGAAUUCCUUUGGUUUUACCCUGGAAAAGUUCAGGAAAAGGUCCUGUGCACUCCUGUGCACCAUUGUGAUGGCUGGGCUGUGGCUCUCUUCUCCUGCCAGUGCAAGGAGGGCUGCCAACAGGCACCCAGCAGGCUUGCACACAUAGUUCUGGUUCUUUCCUUUGUAGCUCACUUUCUUUGAAGUGCAGAUCCAAGUGAACUGUCCCUGGAAUUCCAGGGCAGCAGUGGCAGGUCUGUCACUCCCUUGGCCAUCGGUGCUGAGCAUCCUCAAGCCCUGGUGCUGUCAGCAGAUCUCCUGCAGGCAGCCACUGCUCCUUUUCCUGCUUUUCUUCAGUGUGACAGGAACAGAUACUACUAUUUGGUAUCUACCUUUGCAGUUUCAGCUCUGAUGUUUGAUAUUCAAGGGGGAAGGGGGGAGUGACUGAAGAUUUCUGACACAAAUGUGUUGCUUUUCCCUGAGCUGUGCACUGCAUGGGCUGGCUGGAUUCUCUCACUGGGGGAGGGUUUGUGGCUACUCUGGAAGCAGGCUAGAUGUACAGAUGAGCUGGUACCUGAUGUGGGGUGAAGCCUGAUGCUUCAAAGGAAGCCUGUUUUAAAAAAAUAAAAACAAAAAAUUGAACUGGUAGAGCGAGUUCAACUUCGACAUGCUUUCUCAUGUGGCUUCACCACUUCUGAGUUGGGAUUAGGAAGCCUAAAACUGGAUUGACUGAAUUUUUGGACCACUGCCUUUCCUUCCUGUGCCUAAUCAAGAGUUGGUGGUGCCUCACAGGUGUCUGGAAAGUCUUUGCACCAGGAAGGUGCUUUCAGAUGUUGAGCAUCUUGCAAUACUAUUAACAAAACUUAAUUCUAAAAUAACAUGUGCUAUUGUUUACAUUUAGCAAAAACCAAAAGCAGUGUAAUGCAAUUCCUCUCAUCAUUCUGCUGUGGUUUUUUUUUUUUUAAUUUUCAAAUAAAUCAGCUACUAACUCUGUAAAUCGUCUAAAGCAACUGUUCUGGCUCCCACCUCACUCAGGCCCAGGGUUCCAGAGUGACUCUGGUCCCUUGCUGGGAUCUCAUGGAUGUAGCUGCUUCCACUGAUGAUCAGGCUUAGAGAUGAAGAGUUGGAGGAUGUAGACUGCUAGGUAUGAUUUAAACUCCUUUGUCCAGCACGCUGCUCAUUAAGUUUCUAUUUUAUAAGCUCUGCCUCCCAAGGGCCCGGCUAAUAAAUUCCCAGCAGCCUCUCCAUAA